GUCUCUUCUGCCCUGAGGGGGACCCCCCCACCCUUCUGCCCUGAGGGGGACCCCCCCACCCCUUGUUCCCACUUCAUUUUCCGUUAGCCAAAAUUAGUGAUUUAAAAAAAAUAAUAAUUGUAAAUUCCGUUUUAGUUUCUAAAACUUUUUUGUUUUAAAAAAAAAAAAACCUUUAAAAAACAAAUUAGUUUCUGGUGGGAGUGCGUGCUGGGUGGAAGAUGAAUACGGCUGCUAGUAGCUACCCGAUGGCGUCAUUGUAUGUGGGCGACCUACACCCUGAUGUCACCGAGGCCAUGUUAUAUGAGAAGUUCAGCCCUGCUGGGCCUGUACUCUCCAUCCGAGUCUGCAGGGAUAUGAUCACCCGUCGCUCCCUGGGAUAUGCCUAUGUCAACUUCCAGCAGCCAGCUGAUGCUGAGCGUGCUCUAGACACCAUGAACUUUGAUGUGAUCAAAGGCAAACCCAUCCGCAUUAUGUGGUCUCAGCGAGACCCCUCUCUGAGGAAGUCGGGGGUUGGGAAUGUCUUCAUCAAGAAUCUGGACAAAUCCAUAGACAACAAGGCACUUUAUGACACAUUCUCAGCAUUUGGGAAUAUCUUGUCCUGCAAGGUGGUGUGUGAUGAGAAUGGCUCUAAGGGCUACGCAUUUGUGCACUUUGAGACCCAGGAUGCUGCAGACAGAGCCAUCGAGAAGAUGAAUGGCAUGCUGCUAAACGACCGCAAAGUAUUUGUUGGGAGAUUCAAGUCCCGUAAGGAGCGGGAGGCUGAGCUGGGAGCCAAAGCAAAGGAGUUCACCAAUGUUUAUAUUAAAAAUUUUGGGGAUGACAUGGAUGAUGAGAGACUAAAGGAGCUCUUCAGCAAAUAUGGCAAGACACUGAGUGUUAAGGUGAUGACAGAUCCCACUGGAAAGUCCAAAGGCUUUGGGUUCGUGAGCUUCGAAAAACAUGAAGAUGCCAACAAGGCAGUGGAAGAAAUGAAUGGAAAGGAUAUUAAUGGAAAAAUGGUAUUUGUAGGCCGGGCACAGAAGAAAGUAGAGCGCCAGGCAGAGCUGAAACGGAAGUUUGAGCAGCUGAAACAAGAGAGAAUCAGCCGGUACCAGGGUGUUAAUCUGUACAUUAAGAACCUAGAUGACACUAUUGAUGAUGAAAAACUGAGGAAGGAGUUUUCACCUUUUGGGUCUAUUACAAGUGCCAAGGUGAUGCUGGAGGAUGGACGAAGCAAAGGGUUUGGCUUCGUCUGCUUUUCCUCUCCAGAAGAAGCUACCAAAGCCGUGACUGAGAUGAAUGGGCGUAUCGUGGGCUCCAAGCCAUUGUAUGUUGCGCUGGCACAGAGGAAAGAGGAGCGAAAGGCCCACCUCACUAAUCAGUAUAUGCAGCGCAUUGCCGGAAUGAGAGCCCUGCCUGCGAACACAAUCAUUAACCAGUUCCAGCCAGCUGCUGGGGGGUACUUCAUGCCUGCUGUGCCCCAGGCUCAGAGCAGACCCACUUACUAUUCACCCAAUCAGAUGACGCAGAUGAGACCUAACCCACGCUGGCAGCAAGGGGGGAGACCUCAAGGAUUCCAAGGAAUGCCGAAUGCCAUGCGCCAGUCCGGACCGCGCCCAGCACUGCGCCAUCUGGCUCCUACUGGCAAUGCUCAGGCCUCUCGUAGCCUCCCUGGUGCUGCCCAGAGAGUUGGCGUCGCCACUGCAGCUCAGAAUUUAGCCCCUCGUCCGCCUGUAACUGCCCCGGCUCCCAGAGCAGUUCCCCCUUAUAAAUAUGCCUCAACUGUCCGCAGCCCACACCCAGCAGUACAGCCUUUGCAGGCACCUCAGCCUGCAGUACACGUACAGGGACAGGAACCUUUAACUGCUUCUAUGCUAGCUGCUGCCCCUCCCCAGGAGCAGAAACAGAUGCUGGGAGAACGUUUGUUCCCCCUGAUCCAAGCUAUGCACCCCAGCCUUGCGGGGAAGAUCACAGGAAUGCUACUAGAGAUUGACAAUUCAGAGCUACUGCACAUGCUGGAGUCUCCAGAAUCCCUCCGGUCAAAGGUGGAGGAGGCUGUUGCAGUGUUGCAGGCUCACCAAGCCAAGAAAGAAGCUGCCCAGAAGGUGGGCGUGGUUGCUGCUACCUCUUAAACCAGGAAGACUGGAUGCAAAGAAGCCAAAUAACCCCUUCACAGACAUCAGCUGAAGAUAUUUGGAGAUACCCUUCGCUGUCCUGCAGAUCUCAACACCAUAUCACAUAGCUAUACUGUAUUUUGUAAAUUAGUCUUUAAAAAUCUUGUUUAAAAAGUCAAUUCCAUGACACUUUAGGUUUCCAAGACCAGGAUUAAGUUUGCAAGCUUUUCCUUUGUGGCCAGGACAGAGCUAAUCUUUGUCUUUUCUAAGCAGGACAUUGAGGAUUUCUGAUUGAAAGUUUUUUGUGGGUUUGGUUUUUAACUGAACAAUCCAGUUUGUGAAGUCUGGAAAGCCUUUAUCAAUAAAGGAAUAAAAC